AUGGCCCGCGCGUCCUUCUUCCUCCACCGGACGGACCAGGAGAGCAUACGGCGGCGACAGCUAAAGAACGGCGUCACGCUCCUGCUCAUUCUCCUGGUCGACUGCGCGUGCGCGUGCGUGCUGUACUUCACGCGGGAAAAGCGACUCGGCGAGAUCUGGUCGGAGCUGGCGAACCUGACCAGCGCCGACACGUUCAAGGAUGGCACCGGCGACCUCCUCGCGCUCUUCGCCGCGCGGCUCGUGCUUUUGACGUGUGCGGGUACCGCCGCGGUGUACCUCGGGCGGCAGCGCAACAAGGGCCCGCCGCCUCCCCCGAGAAGCGCCCGAGCCUCAAACCUAUCGAGCCGCGACGCAUCCCAGGCGGACCUGACCCUCCGCGCCCCCUUACUCGCGCCCGAAGACCACGACGAAGACGAAGAAGACGACCGCGUGUGUCCGGCCGUGCACGACGCCUCCCCGGCGGGGGUUACCGUGGACGACGCCCCGAACGACCCGGGAGCCUUCGAUCCCAACGAUUUCGCCCCGACCGAGGAGGACCAAUUCCACAACCAGCGCGCGAUACGACGCCGCGACGUCAUCGUCGAGUCCACCUUCUUGCUCUGCAUCGCCAUGCAGGCGUACGUCGCCGUCAAGAGCGUGUCAUUCUACUACGCCGAGGGGAAGACGGCGCGCACGGUGCUGCUCCUCGCCGCGAGCAUCGUCGCGAUCAACGCCGAGAGCGUCUACCUUCGGUCUUACGUCGCCGCUUGUACCGUUCGCACCGGCGUCCUUCGCCGCGACUUUCACGCGCACGAGCUGCAGUUCCACGACCGCGUCGUCGGUCACGUCUGCGACAUGUGCGGCCUUCGGCUGAUCGCGGGGAGCAAGGGCCUGCGAUUCGGCGGGUUCAGGUGCAAGACGUGCGACUUUGACUGCUGCAUGCGGUGCUUCUGCCGGAAAGAUCGAGCAACCGCCGAGGGGGGUAUCCGGGGCGAUAAGGGAACCAAGGCUGAGAACGAGCGGACGCCCGCGGAGUACCUGUGGCGGGUCAUGGCGCUCGCCAAGCUCGAGUGGCAGCUCAUCGCGAUGGCCAUCUGCACCACCCUCGUGACGUCCGCUGCCGCGCUCUUCGUGCCGCACUUUCAGGGCGCCGCAAUCGACGCGGCCAUCGCGGUUGACAAGGAACAGUUCAAUCGAACCGCGCUGAUGCUCCUGAUAUCGUCCGCGGGGGUGUCGCUGUUCAGCGCGUUCAAGGGAGUGUGCUUCUCCCUCGUGGGCAGGCGCCUGGCGUACAAGGUUCGCACGGGAUUACUGAAAAACAUACUCUCGCAGGACAUUGCGUACUUUGACGGCGUCAACACCGGCGACUUGCUCUCGAGGCUGUCGUAUGACUGCGCCAACCUCACCGCUCCGUGCAACACCGUGCUGUCGCUGGCGGCGCAAAACCUCGUGGUGAUCUGCGGCGGCCUCACGAUGUGUUUCUGGGUGUCCUGGCGCCUGGCGAUGGUGUCCUUCGCGGUCGUGAUGCCCAUCACUUUCCUGAUCAAGAGAUACGCUCGGUGGAGCCAAUCGCUGAACCGGGAGAUAUCCGCGAUGCUCGGGCUCGCAUCCAACGCCGCCAACGAGGCGUUGGGGAACAUAAGGACGGUGCGCGCGGUGUCCACGGAGGACGUGGAGUUUAAGCGGUACGAGGAGCACGCGCGGGCGGCGCUGAACGCGGGGAUUAAGGACGCCUUCGGCGGGGCGCUGACGGUGGCGCUGACCAACCUGUUGGAGCUCGGGACAGCCGUCCUCAUCCUCUGGCUCGGCGGCGGGAUGACGAUGGAGCGACCCAACCCGCGCCUCACCAUCGGAUCCCUCAUCACGUUCCAGCUGUACUUCAACUCGGUGACCAGCUCGUACACGGCGCUGAGCAACUGCCUCACGACCCUCGUCCGCGCAGCCGGCAGCGCCAGCCGGGUGUUCCAGCUCCAGGACAACCUCCCCGACAUCUCGCCGAACGCCGGCGAGACGUUCCGGCCGGAGGCUUCGCGUGCCACCGCGGGGCCCGAGAUUAGGUUCGAGAAGGUGAAGUUCUGGUACCAGAUGCGCCCGAACACGAUGGUCAUAGACGACAUGGACAUGGUCGUCGCCGCCGGGUCCACCGCGGCGCUGGUCGGUAAGAGCGGCGGCGGCAAGACCACCGUCGUUUCUCUGCUGCUUCGCUAUUACGACGUCAAGUCGGGCGCGAUUUUGCUCGACGGCAAAGACGUUCGCUCGCUGAACCUCGCGAGCACGCACAGGCACAUCGGACUCGUCGCGCAGGACAUGCAGAUGUUCAACCACAGCAUCGGGGGUAACAUCGGGUACGGUUUGGACCCGGAGACGGAGGCGACGCGGGAAAAGGUGGAAGCCGCGGCGAAGGCUGCAAACGCGCACGACUUUAUCAUGACGUUCCCAGACGGGUACGAGACGAGGCUUGGGGAGCGCGGGGUUCGGCUGAGCGGCGGUCAGAGGCAGAGGCUCGCCAUCGCCAGGGUGUUCCUCCGGAAUCCCACGCUGCUGUUGCUCGACGAGGCGACCAGCGCGCUGGAUUUGGAGUCGGAAGCGGCGGUGCAGGAGGCUCUGGACAGGUUGAUCGCGACGGGCGGGCACACGGCUGUCGUGGUGGCGCACAGGCUGAGCACCGUGAGGCACGCGACGAACAUCAACGUCAUCUCCGCCGGGAAGGUGUGCGAGAGCGGGACGCACGAGGAGCUGGUGGGCAAAGAGGGGGGCGUUUACGCGGGGUUGCUCGCGCUGCAGCAGCGGAAAAAGGAGGAGACGAUCGCCGAAAACUGAUGA